GCCGGGCCGGGCGGCCAGCGGAUCGGAGCGGGGCAGCAGAGCCGGGCCGGCGGGGCAUGGCGGGCGGCGGGGCGCUGAGGGCACUGCCCGUGCUGCUGCUGCUGCUGGCGGCGGGCGCGCUGGGCAAGCCCACGGCGCGGCAGGAGCGGGCCCGGCCCGCAGCCGCGCAGCACGAGGACCGGCCCGGCUUCCAGUACGACCACGAGGCCUUCCUGGGCAAGGAGGAGGCGCGGAGCUUCGACCAGCUCAGCCCGGAGGAGAGCCGGGAGCGCCUGGGGAAGAUUGUGGAUAGAAUAGAUGACAACAAAGAUGGCUAUAUCACAACAGAGGAAUUAAAAAACUGGAUUAAACGAGUGCAGAAACGCUACAUCUAUGAAAAUGUGGCUAAAGUGUGGAAGGACUAUGAUCUAAACAAGGAUGAUAAAAUUGCCUGGGAGGAAUACAAACAAGCCACUUAUGGUUAUUAUCUAGAAAAUCCAGAAGAAUUCCAAGAUGCAACUGAUCAGCACAGUUUUAAGAAAAUGCUACCCAGAGAUGAAAGACGAUUCAAAACUGCAGAUCUGGAUGGGGACUUGGCUGCCACUCGUGAAGAAUUCACUGCUUUCCUCCACCCAGAGGAGUUUGAGCACAUGAAAAACAUUGUUGUCUUAGAAACCUUAGAAGACAUAGACAAAAACGAGGAUGGUUUUGUGGAUCAAGAUGAGUACAUUGCUGAUAUGUUUGCAAAUGAGGAGGGUGGACCAGAGCCUGACUGGGUGAUCACAGAGCGUGAGCAGUUUUCAGAUUUUCGUGAUCUCAACAAGGAUGGAAAGAUGGACAAAGAUGAGAUCCAGCACUGGAUCCUGCCCCAGGACUAUGAUCAUGCACUAGCUGAAGCCAGGCACUUAGUCUAUGAAUCUGAUGUAGACAAGGAUCAAAAACUAACAAAAGAGGAAGUUCUAGACAACUGGAAUAUGUUUGUUGGAAGUCAAGCUACUAAUUAUGGGGAGGACCUGACGAGAAACCAUGAUGAACUAUGAUACAGUGUACCAACUGCUGUGCCACACAUCUUCUGUCCACUUUACUGAAAUCACCCUGCCCAUCCCCUCUUAGAGGGAAGAUGGGCAAGGGACACUCACAAGGGAAUGACUUGCAUUAAUAUUGUUUUUAACAUGCCAGCUUAUUACCUCAGAAACCACAUAGAAAUAGCUUUUUUACUCCUUUCACUGAUUAAAUGCAGUAUAUAAUUACUACAGUUUUGUUUUUGAAAAAAUAAGAAGGUAACUUUUCUGAAUAGGUUAGAGCCUGACAUGGAAAAGGCACUUCUAAAAAACAUUACAAAGAUCUUUGAUAGUCAAGUAUUUUCUUCAAAUACCCACUUUUACCAUAGUGAAAUGCACCUAGGAUUAGAACCCUAAUGUUUAAACAUUAAGUUAUUUAGUUGUUUUUUCUAAUAGCAUGUAAGAGUUUAUAGGUAACCCUGUGAGCCUCCUGCCCAGAGAAGGGUUUGAUACCAGCUUUGUCUCCACAUAGUUUCUGUGUCCCAGUUGGGUCAGUGGUGCUGCAGGAGAGUCCAGCAGAUCUCUGGCUCCUGCUUUAGUGUGCAAGAUGUGCAGGUGGCCCUUGUCCCUGACCCUGGCACUCCCAGCCAGGGAUGCAGAGUCCAGCGUGGCAGCUGCUCCUUCUGACAACAGGGACACCUACAAGUGUUUGUGGGCCUUGGCUUUGCUGCUCCUGGGAGGAAUUGUGCCACAUGGAGCAUGAUUUAUCUCCCUCUUUUCACACUUCACCCAAGCCCUGCUCUUGUUCACACAGUGUGAAUGGCAGCAGUUCUGUGAUGGAGAAAGGAUGAGACAUAUCACCCUCUGGGCCUUCUGUCUCCUCUGCCACAGAAGAGGACAGAUUUUCGUGGCUGAAGUUCUGGGUUUGUGUGUAUAUAGUUAUAAGAACAUGUUACUGAAGCAACUCUAAAGACAGCUCUCCUUCCAAAAAGGGGGGAAAGCUUUCCACACAGGUGCUUUCUUUUUUACUGUAAAAUGUGAGUUGUUACAUGUAUAUUUUUAUAUAUCUAAGUUUGGUUGUUUUUAAAUGUACUGGUUUUAAAACAAGCACAAUAAAACCAAUACUUCUUUUUGA